GUUACUAACACUUCUGGAGCGGACAUUUCUCUUUGAUGUCUGCUCGCCUUGUCACAGAUACAGAUCGAGUCACAUAGAAAAGAAAAGUUUCGAACCCUAACACUCCAAUCCGUUGAAUUUGAGCUAACCCUUGAUUACAAGGGAAAUUUCAUCUCUUUCUACAUAUAUUACGGAUUAAAAUACAUUCAUAUUCAUCCAUUCCAGUUUUCGUUUCUAUCUAAAUACCUCAAUUUCCAGCAUCAAUUCAAUUCAAGUUACGUUUCGCAGAUAAGAGUGAGAAAAGAGAAAUUGAAGAAUAUUAUUGACGAUUCCAAAAAUUGAAGCUUUAUUCCAAUGGCAACAGACAUGGACACAGAAGAGCAGCUAAUGAUUGGCGAAAGUUCUCCGCAGCCCAUGCAAAUUGAUCCAAAAAGAGAUCGAUUUCCUUUUUGUGUUGUAUGGACGCCUCUCCCUGUUCUUUCAUGGUUGAUUCCCUUUAUUGGCCAUAUUGGCAUAUGCCGAGAGGAUGGCGUAAUUUUGGACUUUGCAGGCCCCAAUUUUGUAUGCGUUGAUAACUUUGCCUUCGGUGCUGUGACUCGAUACCUACAAAUAGAUGCGAAGCUAUGCCGUGCACUUUCAUUCUUGGUUUCCUGUCGAAAUGGAGACCAGCUGAAUCAAAAUGGAACGGAAGGGGAUAUUUAUACUUGGGAUGACGCUCUUCGGAAAAGCACGCAAGAAUUCCAACACCACUCCUACAGUCUUUUGACUUGCAACUGUCACUCCUUUGUGGCGAACAAUCUAAACCGCCUCGGCUUCAGUGGUGGCAGGUGGAAUGUGGUCAGUCUUGCUGUACUGAUACUCUUCAAGGGUCGUUGGGUGGACAAAGGUUCCAUUGUAAAGUCUUAUCUACCCUUUCUAAUUGUAUUUCCUUUGGGUCUUGCUUUUGGAGGUUGGACUUUCCUGCAAUUUUGGGGUAUGUUUGUGAUUCUCUUGGUCAGUUGGUUUCUUCUUGGUUCUUAUUGUCUCAAGGGUUUAAUCCAGUUGUGAACGGUAAAAUUUGUAAUGUUUUGUCUGAAGAAAUUUCAUAAUGGAAUGCACGUAAACCAGCAUGGAAGUGAAGAUAA